CAGCAGCAGCAGCAGCCCCGGGAUUUCGGUGCGGGGGGGCGGGACGCGCACAAAGGUGGCGGCCGCGAUGCACAGAGCUUCCCCACUGCCUCCAGCCCCUGUGAGCAACAGCGACGAGGGUGGGCACCUACGGGGUGGGCAUGUAUGGGCUCAACCACAGAGCCCUGAGGUACCUGCCCACCCUGUGAGCAGUCCCCCCAUGCCCAGCUCCCCCCCAGCCCCCACCAGCUGGAUGCCAUCCCCACUGCAGGCUCAGGAUGCCCCAAGUGCCUCGGUGACCACGGGCUCAGGGGCCAGCACUUGCCCACAACCAGCUCACCCUGAGCUCCUGCGGCACCUCACCGGCUCACGAGCCCUUUUCUCCUGAGAAGAGCCCAACGAAGGUGAUCAAAAUAGAGUCCCUCAAGGUGACAGUCGACUUCUUGAAGGUGCCCUUGGGCCUGAAGAAGCCCCCUCUGAAGGAGGCCCUGGCCUCUAUCCCAGGGCCAGGGAGAGCCAAGGCUUUGGGCGCCGAGCGGCACAAGCCCCGGCGCUCUGACACCAUGGACAAUGAGUCCCAGUACUCGGGUUAUUCCUACAAAUCUGGGCACUCCCGAAGCUCCAGGAAGCACAGGGACCGGCGGGACCGGCAUCGCUCCAAGAGCCGCGAAGGGAGCCGUGGGGACAAGUCAGUGACCAUCCAAGCACCUGGAGAGCCCUUGUUGGACAAUGAGUCCACUCGAGGGGAUGAGAGGGAUGACAACUGGGGUGAAACCACCACGGUGGUGACUGGGACAUCAGAGCACAGCAUCUCCCACGAUGACAUCAGCAGGAUCACCAAGGACAUGGAGGACAGUGCCCACCUGGACUGCUCCCGGCAUUUGGGCGUCUCGCUGGCGGGAGCCCUGGCUCUCCUCGCCUUCCUCACCCCUCUCACCUUCAUGCUCCUGCCUCAGCUCCUUUGGAGAGAGGAAUUAGAACCUUGUGGGACUCCCUGUGAGGGGCUUUUCAUCUCAGUGGCCUUUAAGCUCCUCAUCCUCCUGCUGGGCAGCUGGGCUUUGUUCUUCAGGCGCCCCAAAGCUUUCUUCCCUCGGAUCUUCGUCUUCAGGGCUUUGCUCAUGGUGCUCGUUUUCCUCCUUGUUGUCUCUUAUUGGCUUUUCUAUGGGGUGAGGAUCUUGGAUUCCAGAGACAGGAACUACCAGGGGGUGGUUCAAUACUCUGUCUCGCUAGUGGAUGCUCUGCUCUUCGUUCAUUACCUUGCUGUGGUGUUACUGGAGCUGAGGCAGCUCCAGCCCCAGUUCACCCUCAAAGCCGUUCGCUCGGCCGAUGGCACCAGCCGCUUCUACAAUGUUGGGCAUCUCAGCAUCCAACGAGCAGCUGUCUGGAUCCUGGAGAACUAUUACCACGAUUUCCCAGUCUACAACCCUGCCCUCCUCAACCUGCCAAAAUCCGUCCUGUCCAAGAAAAUGUCGGGCUUUAAAGUCUAUUCCCUUGGAGAGGAAAACACAACCAACAACUCCACCAGCCAGUCCAGGGCUGUGAUUGCAGCAGCUGCCAGGAGGAGGGACAACAGCCACAAUGAGUAUUACUACGAGGAGGCAGAACACGAGCGCAGGGUGCGGAAACGCCGCGCCAGGCUGGUGGUGGCAGUGGAAGAAGCCUUCACUCACAUCAAACGGCUACAAGAGGAGGAUCAGAAGAACCCCAGGGAGAUCAUGGACCCUCGGGAGGCAGCUCAGGCCAUCUUUGCCUCCAUGGCCAGGGCCAUGCAGAAAUACCUUCGUACCACCAAGCAACAGCCCUACCACACCAUGGAGAGCAUCCUGCAGCACCUCGAGUUCUGCAUCACCCACGACAUGACUCCCAAGGCUUUCCUUGAGCGGUACCUGACUGCUGGACCCACCAUCCAGUACCACAAGGACCGUUGGCUGGCCAAGCAAUGGACACUGGUGAGUGAGGAGCCUGUGACCAACGGCCUCAAAGAUGGGCUUGUGUUUGUGCUGAAGCGCCAGGACUUCAGCCUCGUGGUGAGCACCAAGAAGAUCCCGUUCUUCAAGCUCUCCGAGGAGUUUGUGGACCCCAAGUCGCACAAGUUCGUCAUGAGGCUGCAGUCAGAGACCUCAGUGUGAGGUGAAGAGGGUUUGGAGAGGGGGGGGGAAAGGAGGGGAAGAGCUUCUCCCACACCUCUCUGCCUCAUCCUCCCUGUCUCCACUGGGGUUCAGGGAGGCCACAGCUCCAGGGCAGAACUGCAGCAGGCGCCGGGAAGCAGCGUCAGACCCUGGCUCCAUCAGCUCCCACUGGCCUUCUGCCUUGGCUUAGCCCUCAUUGAGGUGGGCUUCUUCCUCCUCCUCCUUCUCCCUGAAACCCAGGUCCUUGUAGCAUCCCCCCAGAAGGUGCAGCCAGCAGAGGACAGUGGCCCAGCCGGGAAGGAGUCGGUGUUUCAGUGCCAUAACUCAAGGGCUAACGUGUUCUUCACCAGCACCAUCGGGUCCCAAGGACCUUCUGCCUCUUUUUGUACCUGGCAACUAUCCUGGCCCUGGCCUUAAACCACUGCCCAGCAUCUAGGGGCUGGUUUUUAAUCCUACAGACUUCUUUUUGGGAUGGGGGGGGGGGAUAUGUCUUUUCCAAACACCUCUGUGGCUGCUAUGAAAACCUCCCCUAGCAUCCAAGACACGAGCUGGGAUGCUCCUGGCUGCAGGAACAUCCUCCUUCCCUCUCUGCUGGUGGUUUCCACCCUCAGCUCUUAACAAAACAAGUGAAAAUCUGCCUUGGAAGACAAGCAGAAUGGGUUUUGGUUUGGUUGAAGUAGUUUCCCUGCUCCUCAGGUGACCCCAUCAGGUCUCAGGCAGCAUCUCCAGGGGGUUUCCCCCCCCUACACUGGUUGGAGCUUGUGGUUGCAGGAAGAGCAGCUGCAAAUGUCUCUUUGGGGCGCAAUCCUUGACCCCAGCGGCAACAGGGGUGAAUGAAACAAGGCUGAGUGAGGUCCUUAAUUCAUGUCUCAUGGUGGUUCCCCUGUGCUUUCACCAUCAGGGACACAAAAGCUCUUUUUUUGCCUUCCUUUGGUUUCAUUUAAGGUCACAAAUACCUCAUGGACAGAUUUCUGCUCGUUCUUCUUGAAGUUGUUUGUUGUUUCCCCUCUGGAUCCUGUUGUCCAGCUAUGCCAGGUUGGGGAGGGGUCUCAAAGAGGAUGGGGGUGGUGAUUACUGAGGGAAGGGGGUUGGUUCAGUCAUAGAGCUGCCAAAUUCCAUCCCAGGGAAGCUGGAGGUGGUUUGGAUUUGAUUUGGGUUCAUUUUGGCCUAAGCACUAAUGAGGUUGGAGGGUUUGUUUUAGGGAGAGGGCAAUGAUGCCACAUGUACCACCCCAAAGGAGCUGCUGAGAGCUUCCCCAGUAAGUACCAGUAAGAUUCUGGAGGGUUCCAUCCUCAUCCAGGCACCAACUGGGGGAUGGCUUCCCUGAUUUCCAAGGAAGUCCCUAUUUGGGGGGAGUUUUUAACCCCUCCCUGCUGCUCCCCUCAUCUUCCAACCUCUCCAGGCUGAAAGACCCCCCCAUCCCCAACACCCCAACCAGUGCUGCUGCCCUGGGGAACCCAUUUUGGGGUGUUUUACUGCAAAAAACCUCCCACCCAGUGAGCUCAGCCAGGGAGGGGGGAGUUUCCACUUGGAAUUGAAGAAGAAUAAACCCUUUUUGGGUUGUUUUUGAGGGGUUUGUUGAGGGUUUGGGGAAUGGUUUUGUUUUCCCUGCAGAGCCAAAACCUUGUGCAUGCCUGUAGAAAGUUGUAAAGUGUAAAAUUGGGUUUUAAUAUAUAAGAAAAAAGCUCCUUUUUGGACAGUUUGCAGUGGAUUGAAGCAUUAAGGCAGUGGUAGGAAGUUUGGUUGUUUUUUGUUGGUUUUUCUUGUUUUUUCAUAGAAGAACUAAAAUUGUACAAAUUUUUUUUAUAUAUAUAUAAAAUAAACCCUUUUGGACUUUU